UUACUCGUGUAGGGAAUAGAAACAACAGCAAUAGCGUUACAUUUCUUAAAUGAAAUGGCUUUUUUAUGCUUAAGGUUAGUAGAAUAUGUCAAAAUAAGCUCUUUGUUUGCUUUAAGGAAGCCAUACUUUCUGUUUUCUACAAAAACCACCAUUGAAGCUGAGCAGGAUAAACUACUAGCAAAAAAACAGAGGAGAAAAAGUCAGAAGAAGCAUCUCUGGUCAGACAAUCUGUCCUGGGAGGAAAGGCUGGCUGAUGCGGUCACUCCUCUGUGGAGGCUGAGUUAUGAUGAGCAGCUCGAGCUGAAGCAAAAGCAUCAGGAAAAAGUUCUGUCUCAGCUUGUGGAUCAUCUUCCAGGUGAGCCCAAGUCUUCAUCACCUGUCAACAACAAACUCAGCUUCCCUCUCCUGCCCAUCCUGCCAUCCCCUGUAAGAGACGGCUACCGCAAUAAGUCAACUUUUUCUGUCAAUAAAGGAGUAGAUGGAAACCCAAAGACGGUCGGAUUUUAUUUGGGCACUGGAAAGCAGGGAAACAUAGUUUGUGUAAAUGGCGACCACCUUCUGAACAUGCCAGAGAAACACAAACUUGUGGCCAGAUGCUAUCAGGACUUCAUCCGCCAGUCCUCACUUGACCCCUGCUUGCUGUUCCACGCUGGAGGUCACUGGAGGGAAGUGACGGUUAGGACUAACGCAAAGGGACACACCAUGGCGAUUGUUUAUUUUCACCCUCAAACGCUCUCUCCAGAGGAAGUGUCUGUUCAUAAAGCUGACCUGGUGGAUUACUUCACGCGAGGGCCCGGAUCCGUCUGUCAGCUGGACUCGCUUUUCUUCCAAGAGAGCUCCAUGACUCGCUGCAGCCACGAGGAAUCGCCCUACCAGCUCCUUUAUGGCCAGCCGCACAUAUACGAGAAGGUUUUGGGUUUCAAGUUCCGCGUUUCCCCAGAUGCCUUUUUCCAGGUGAACCAGGCGGCUGCGGAGGUGCUUUAUGCUACUUUGAGGGACCUCAUUUCCCCAAACACGGAGAAAUUAGGAACAUCUACCGACACUCUUCUAGACGUGUGCUGUGGGACCGGUGCCAUUGGAAUCACCGCAUCUCCUCGGGUGGAGAAAGUAAUCGGAAUCGAGCUCAUCGAGCAGGCAGUGGAAGACGCCGUUCACAACACCGCUCUUAACAAUGUGCUAAACUGCCAGUUCGUUUCUGGGAAGGCGGAGGCGGUGCUUCCUGGUGUCAUGGUGGACUUGAGCUGCUCGGGUGGAGGCCUCACGGCGGUGGUGAACCCGGCUCGAGCUGGCCUUCACUACAGAGUGGUCAGAGCGCUCCGAAACCAGCCUAGCAUCCGCAGACUGAUCUACGUUUCCUGCAAACCAGAUGGGGAAGCCAUGAGGAACUUCAGGGAACUUUGUUGUCCUCCUGAUCCACAGAAAAAACUCACAGGAGAGGCCUUUUCUCCUACGCUGGCUGUUCCCGUGGACAUGUUCCCACACACUCCUCACUGUGAACUUGUGCUGCUUUUUGAACGCUAGUACAGCAGAAGCCGGCUUUUAGCAUUUUAGAAUUAUAUGAUGUAAAAUUAUUUUUUUAAAACCAUCUCUGAAAAAAGUAAGAAUUGCAGAUUUACAGAACUGCUUGUGUUGAACUAAUAAUACAAAUGAAAAUUGUAAUUUAACUCUUAUCCAUUCUUUAUGUCUGUAGUAUCCUCUUUUGACCACCAGGUGGAGCCAUUGUGUAUUAAAAUACCUCUUAUACAGAGA